GCUACCCACCCCUAUUCCCGUCGCCAUGUACUUAUUCCCAGAUCGAGGAAAAACUCAUCCCUCAAUUAAGGUAAUAAAGUGCAAUAAAUUGCUAAAAAGAAGUACUAUUUAUGAAAAGUUCUUCGCUCGAUGAUAAAUACAAGAGGGCUUCGAGUGAGGGUAAAGAAGGGGUUUUUUUGGCUCCUAGAAGAUACCUAAGGAAAAGGACGCGAGUCUAGAUUAUGUGAUUGUAUUCCAGGUGACUACGACAGAGAACCUUGGAGGCAACUGUCUUCAUUUGCUCCACUUCUGGAGCCUCACACAGUACAUUCUCAUGUGUGGGAUGGAGAUGGGGGCGUAGCGGGUCUUGGAACCCGGAGCCCCAGGGGGUUCCCAAAUAGGUUAGCUAGUACGGGGUAAUGAGGGUGGGCGAUGGACGAUGUCUCAUUAGCGGCUGGAAAUCAAUCCGCGUCGCGACCGGAGGAUGUGCCUAGGCUAGCUCGCCCACAGCGUGAAGUAGUAAUCCUCGUGACCCCGCCGCCGUUAACGGUGUGUGUCCCAUCAUGGCCGGCCGUGAGCCCGAAUGUCCAGACCCAGUGCACGAGGGUUUUACGGUCAUGGACUUUUCAUUAUUAGUAGGGCUUCCUGUUCACCAUCUUCGGUCUGCCCAUGAUUGUUUUCCACGACCAACCUACAUAAACCUGUUUCUUCUACCCCCAAGCUUCGCCACCCGAACCAACCGAGAAGAUGGCCACUCCAGCGCGUAAACCCAUAGACCCCGACAACUACUUGCGCCACUCAGUGCAGGACCUGCUCUCGCUGAAGGGACGUACGAUAGUCAUCACUGGUGGUGCUCGUGGCUUGGGCUUAGCCUUUGCCCUUGCCGUCGCAGAGGUUGGUGGCAAUGUGGCGGUGCUUGAUCUCCUUGACAAACCCCACGACCACUUCUACAAGAUCCAAAAAGAGUAUGGUGUUAAGGUGGAGCUUUACAAGGCCGACGUGACGAACUAUGAGCAACUCAAGGGGGUCUUUGAUAAGGUGGUCCAAGACUUUGGACGUAUCGACGGCUUGGUUACCGCAGCAGGUAUCUGCGUAGACGAGUCGUUUUUGGAACGCAAGCCCGAGUCUGUUGCUCGGUCCUUCAACAUCAAUACGCUGGGGACGUACUAUGCAGCGCAGUUGGCAGCAAUUCAGAUGGCAAAGCAAGAGCCGACCGACUUCAACCCCCGAGGAGGGUCCAUCGUCUUCAUUGCUUCCAUCGCUGCCCACGUAGCCAGCAAGGGCCAGAACACCAGCGACUACUGCUCUAGCAAGGGUGCCGUGGUAGCGUUGGCCAAGGCACUAGGUGUGGAGUUAGCAUCCAAGGGCAUCCGCGUGAACAGCAUCUCGCCUGGAUACAUGGUCACAGACAUGACGAUAGAUCAGUGCACCCGCUUCCCGUGGCUGGGAGACAUUAUGAAUAAUGAGCCGCCCAUGAGGCGCAUGGGCGACCGUGCCGACCUGAAGGUCCCAGUGGUUUAUCUCCUAUCGGAGGCCAGCGCCUACCACACAUCAGACGACAUUCUGAUUACGGGCGGUAUUCACGCCGGCAGGUUACAAGACCCUAGUGAACGCUAGGGCAUAGAAAUUACAUAGUGCAGUGAACACUCAAAUAUAGAAUAUACCAUUUUUGAACACAUGAUUAAUA